CUGAACUGUUUCUAUGGCGGUAAAUGCGUAUUUGUAAGUUCAUACGUGACCUGCGACAUGUUUCUAAAUAAUUUUAAAAUGCUUGGAAUUCAGAUCGUUUAAAAGGUGUUCCUGAGUAUUUUUAAACUAAUUUUUGCAUUUUAAUAAUAAGAUUUGUUUGUUUUCGAAUUUUUAAAGAAAAUUAAAAAUGUAGAAACAUUCAGAAACCCCUAAAAAGUAUUUAGGAAACAGUGGUGUAGGCGUAAUUUAAAAGAAAAAAAAUGUAGAAAAAAAGGGAAAAAUGGAAGGUAAGAAAAAUAAACAUAGUAUUGUUGGCUAUACGGAUUGUAUUAUAUUUUUUUCGAGGGUGUUUUAUGUUUACUCUAGUGGUAAAUAGGCCAACGAUUAAUUGAAUUUAACUACGUCACUGUUUGUUGAGCAGCCAUUGGUAGGAGUUUUGCGUUUUGCCCGGUUUAAGCAUGGCGGCGUGAUGGCGGCAAGCGUGGAUAAUAAUUAGUUUUGUGGUUUUUUGUGAUCUGUCGUAACCUUUUGUUAAGAAAAUUGUAUGACUUAAAAAAAUAUGUAAUUUAUUCGUGAAAAUAGUGUUAAAAUAAUGUGAGCUGUGUCGUUCAUUCACAGAAAAACGACAAACAAAACGGGAGACAUCUCUUGGAUAUUUUAAGUUAUGGCGUCGAACGACGAGGGAAGCAAUGAUGACGAAAAUAAAGUUUAUUUUGAAAAACAAUCUUGUUAUGAUCCGAUACCAAACUGUCCUUCGUGCCCUAUGUGCUUAUAUCCUUAUUCCAAAUGUGUUUGCAAUGUUAACCCCAGUGCGUUUGGAGAUGACAUUUUAAAUAAUACAAACUCCAAUUUGACAGCUGGAGAUUUUGAAUCUAUGAAAAAUGGACUCAAGACAAAUCUUUAUGAUGAAAAUUCCAUGGAUAGCUACAGAAGGAUGUAUAAACCAAAUAACCCUUUCUUCGUGGACCUUCAGAAGACCCCAAUUGGUUUUGAUCCAAAGAAUUUCAUAAAUGCUAACUUUAGUAACCCAGAAGGUGACUCAAAGGAAAUGGAGUCUUUCGAUACAAAAACUGAGAUGCCCCCGAAAUUCAAUGGUGAUAAAUUAUACUAUUCAAGUAAUGUAGAAUCAGUUGGUUGCUCUGAAGUCAAAGCAGAUUCCAUAGUGACAAGUAAUGUUGAUAAUAAGGAAAAUUUUAGCAAUGACAGGCAUAACUUGAAAGAGGAGGUCUGCACAAAUUCCCAAAUAGAUACCAAUAAUUCAUUGCCAUCAAUUAAAUCUGAACAAAUGAAUUCCCAGCAACCCCAUUGUUAUUCUCCUAAACCUGGCUGUGAUUCCACUACUGAUGCUGUGACAAAUCCAAUUGAUAGUCCAAAUAAAGAUUGUAGCCCUCAGAAUCCUACAGAUGAUGUUAAAACAGAAAAAGAAGAAAGUGUUCAGAAACCAAAGAAAGAAGUCUGUCCUCCACUUGAUGAACACCUUGAUUAUGAUCUGUUAAAGGGUAAAAAAGGUGUGGACUUACUGACAGCUAUUGAAGAUCAGUCUAAUGGUAAGAUGAAGUUAACAGAAAAACAAAUAUCAUUUAUAGAAACUACUCUUACUAAAGACUCCUGCUCGCCAAGAAAAGCCAGAACUCGUUCUGUAGAGGACACUUUCAAACCUUUUAAAGGCAUUAAGAGAGCCCAUUCUGCUGAUACGAACGAUUCAGAAGCCAAGAUACCCAAGAUUGAUUUUAAAUUAUAUAAGUCCGAAAAAGCUAUUACCAGUACCACUUGUGGCCCAGCUUCAAGCAAAAGUGGAAAACACAGGGAUGAAAGGAAGUCUAGCAGCAGCAGCAGCAGGCAUGACAAGACCAAAAGUUCUUCUAAAAAAUCAUCACAUAGCAGCAGCUCUAGAGACAGACACUCUCAUCAUAGAAGCGAAAUCAGGCCAACUUUACUUACCAAUGGAAAUUACAGUUACCCACCAGAAGAUAAAUCAUUAAAAUUUAGAAAAUACUACCACAUAGAACACCACACAAAUGGAGGUGCCAAAAUUCUAAGAAUGUAUCAUGAUGAGAUAAAACAUCUGAGUAACAGUGAUUCUAAAGAGCUAGCAAAAGAAUUCUUUAAGCUAGCUUUUCAUGAGGACAAGGAUGGUCAUGCUACUUUUGUAAUAGCAGUAGUCCAUGGGUCCGCCACUUAUCUCCCAGAUAUUCUAGCAUACAUGGCCGAUCAUUAUCCUUCAUUGACAGUUAAAAAUGGAUUAUUGAGCAAAAGCUCUGAUAUAGAUACUACAACUCUAGCUAAUUACAACGAAAAUGUUUGUAAACAUUAUGAAGCUGGAACUGUGAGAUAUGGACCACUACAUCAAAUCAGUAUAGUAGGGACUGCUCCUGAAGAAGUUGGGGGGUACUUUCCUGAUCUAUUGGGGAUGCUUGAAGACAACCAUUUUCUUCAUUUGACUAUGCCUUGGGGGCCUUUAUCAAUAUGCGAUCAAAUGAAGCCAACAGAGAGCAAUGAUGGGCCUAUAAUUUGGUGUCGACCCGGUGAGCAGUUGGUACCAACAGCUGAUUUAAAGACCCCCAUAAAACGAAAAAGGACUGGUAUAAAUGAACUGAGAAACCUUCAGUACUUGCCAAGGAUGUCUGAAGCUAGGGAACAUCUAUUUGAAGACAGAACCAAAGCACAUGCUGACCAUGUGGGAGCUGGGCUUGAUAGAAAAACUACAGCUGCUGUGGGAAUACUAAAAGCCAUACAUGGAGGGAAAAAUGAGGGACCUAUCAACAGGAUAACGAAGGAUGUAGUGGCUUUUUCAGCAAAAUAUUUUGAUAUUCUGUCAGAAAAGCUUCAACUUGACCUGCAUGAACCUCCUACUUCACAGUGUGUCACUUGGAUAGAAGAUGCAAAGUUGAAUCAGAUGAGAAGGGAUGGCAUUGAAUAUGCAAGAAUAAAUCUGUAUGACAAUGAUAUUUACUUUCUCCCAAGGAAUAUCAUCCAUCAAUUUCGAACAGUAACUGCAGUCACAAGUAUAGCUUGGCACGUUCGCUUGAGACAGUAUUAUACUACUGAGGAAUUGGAAGGAAUGGAGCGAAACGUUCCUCAACCGCUAAAGCAAAUAGAACCGGCAAAAUCUGAAAAAACUCCGGCAAAAAUAUUAAAUUCCCACGACGAGGAGAAACCGCCGUUGAAAAUGAAAUUCAAAUUAGAUUUCAGCAAGUACACGGGCGUAGAAAAAGUUAAGGUACACGAUGAUAAAAAGGAGAAAGAGAAGGAGAAGAAGCAUAGACACAAAGGUGAUAGAGACAGAGAGAAAUCCAGACACAAAGACAAACAUAAGGAUAAACACAGAGAUAAAGACAGGGACAAGGAUAGAAAACACCAUGAUAAAGAUAGAGACAAAGAUAGAAAACAUCACAAUUCAAACAGGCAUGAUAGAGAACACAAGCACAAUAGUGAAAGGAAACAAAGUUCUCAUCACAAUUCGCAUAAAGAUAAAGAGAAAAAUCAAGAAUCCAAAGUAAUUAAUUCUGGUGAAUGUAUCCAAACUGGACAACUUUCUAGUAUGCCAUUAUUAGGCUCAAAUCAAAAUAGUCAAAAUCAUACAGAAACCCCAACAAAGAAGCCACAGGAAUAUCAAAAUUCCACACCUUCUAAAUCAGCGGAUGCCUCUACCCCAUCGGCCGAUACUCCUGUCAAAAUGAUGGACACACCUGUUAAGUCAACAGACACCCCAAUAAAAUCGACAGAUACGCCAAUUAAAUCGACAGAUACUCCAGUUAAGAAGCAUAGGGAGAAACCCAUCAAAAUUAAGAUCCAAAAGCCUCAAUCUACCGACGUUCUUGGAGAUAUCUUGAAAGAUAUGAAUAAGUGUGAUCUUAAUAUUUAAUAUUAAGCAACAGGUCGAGUAAAAAGUGGAUUUUAGGAAGGCACCUUCUAAAUGUCACUUUUUAUUCGAACUGUGCUCAGCAUAAGAGUUUUCUUUUGUUCGUAGAGGGUUUUAUAGAUUUAUAAAUGAGACGAGUUUAUUUGUGUUUUUAAUUUCUAGUGGCUCAUUAAAUGGGAUUGCUUUAAUUCUAUUAAGUUGAUCAUAAUAAGAGUUAUUGGCAUUUCAAUUUGCAAAGCUACUGAUUAAACAUAAUGAAACUUCAGGACAGAAUUUCUGUAUGCCUUUGAUUUUAAUUAUAGGUUCAUAUGAAAUAACAUACAGGGUGAUUCAGAAUACAAUAAACUCAAAAACAUGUAUGUCUACAUUGAUAGACCUAAAUUAGGUAGAAACAUAUUUUUUUAUUACAGAUUCUGUUAAAGUGGACUUUUUAAAUACCAGUGUAUUAUUUUUUGAGUAGCCUCUAUUAGUACCAGGGUUGGAAUAAGUCAUGACCUUUAUAAAAAAAAGUCAAAAAGUCUGAAUACUUUUUUGAGUUAAUAAAAAUAAAACUUUAUUUACUAAAACAAAAUACAAAAACUAAGUUUUUCUACUCUUCAAAAAUCUUAAAGCACAACAAAGUAUGAAAUUUUUGUAAAACAAACUGAAGCUCAAAUAUGACCAAGAAAAUAAAAUAUUUUUUUUUUUUGCAAUUGUUGUCUACUUAUAAAUAUAUCCUAUAUAAUAUAAAAAAAUUAGCCAAUUUUGCUUACUUAUAUUUAGAACCAAUGACAAAAUUUUCCCUUGCUAGUUUUUCAGGUAAAAUAUGAAUCACCCUAUAUGCAGUAUGCAUUGCAAAUUCUUUAUUUUAUUUUUCUAAUUCAUAAUUAUAAUUUCAGUUACAAGAGUUAGGUAAAAAGUGUAAUUAUAAAACAAUUUAAUUUUUUUUUUCUAUACUUUUAUAAUAUUCUGCCGAACCAUAUUUUCGGGCUCUUCCGUCCUUUCUUUUACCAUGUCUUAUUAAUUAUUUUGUUAGCCUUUCAUUUGGAAUUCUUUUGACAAGAUCAUUUGAGUUAUUUUUCUUUUAUACUAUUUUAUCUUUUAUCAUGUUCGUUUCUACAAAUCUCAUUUUUUCCCCUGUAUGCUUCUUGAGAAAUCAUUCCUACCAAAUUGAAAAAUGUUUGUUCAGUUUUUUUUUUUUUUUUUUGUUUAAAAGCAGCGCUAUUUAAAUCUGGUAACUGUAAGAUAUUAUUUAUUGAUUAUAUAAAAGAAAAAUGAAAUUUAGAACUUGCAUAGCAUGACCACUACAAUUUCAUUUUCUACCAACAAAGGAGCUAGAUUAAAAUUAAAGCUAUACUGACUGGACUUGUCUGUAAAAAUUUAGAUCGAUUUUACAAAUUGGCAUGUUGGUCCAAUUCGAUGUCCUUUCAGUUGGACCAACAUACUAAUUUGUGGCUUUAUUCCAAUUUUUCACAGGUACAUCAUUGAUUGAGCUAUAAAGAAAUAUUUUUUGGAAAAUAAUCAAAUGUAUGGACAAUUUAAAAUGGUUUUAAAGAGAUAUAUCGCCAUUUUCUUAAAUAAAAGAAAAUUUUCCGGCAGUUAUUUUUCAGCUUUUGUACAUACGUUUUUAUUAAAAAAUUUCUAGAAUUAUUAUAUUCGAAACUUAUAUAAUAUUUAUUGUUUGUGUUUUUAGUUAAAAGGUCUAUAUUAUAUACUAAAAGUCUGUACAUACUGUUUUAUGUGAAACAUAUUUUAAUACAUUUUAUAGGAUCGCUUUAAAUAGAUUUUGCAAGCACUGUUUUUAAAAUAGAUUUUUAUACGCAGAUUUUCAACGAUUUUUCGAGCUUUCUUGUAUUCAGAUCAUCAAAAAGUUUUCAAUUAGCCAUUUUAACGUCCUGUCACUCUCAUUCAAUAAGGCGGAUGAUUGGCACACAAAAUUUGUUUAUAUUAUCAUCCAAGUAAUUUUUUAUUAUCUUAAAAAUGGCAAAUUUGUGAGCUUGAGAGUGGUUAUAGAACAAAAAUACUAAUUAGUACAUUAUUUUGAUUUCAGUUUUUACUUUAACUACAGUUAACACAAAAGAAUCGAUUUUCACAUUGACCAUACUUGAAUUCGCCCACAAAAAUAAGUCCCUACCGUCACUAAUUCUAAAAAAAAAGUCAUUACCUAAAAAUUCUCAACACUUAUUAAGAGUACUUUUAAUACUGCGGAAAUCACGUCCUAACAUCAAAGGACGUUGCUUAGGGCUGGUCGGAAGCUACGUCGAUCCAUUUGUACCCAUACUUCCUUCAAUUUAUGGUACCGCUGUGUUCUAUCUUGAACACUACUUCGGUCCAUUUGUUCUAAUUUUUCGUCUAUGGUAACCUUUCUUCUCUUCAUUUCUCUAUGAUUGUCCCAUCAUCCUCGACGCUGCUUGGAUUGAUCAAAAACUGCAUCGAUCCUUCUGUCCAAAAUGUUCCUCUAUUUGUGGUAGUGGUGUAGCAUUGUAUUACUAUUAUUAGUCUUUUUCCAAUACCUUGUCCCAUCAUCAUGGACACUGCUUGGGUUGAUUGGAAACUACAUCGUUUCUUAGAGGCUGUCACUACCAUUCUUCUUUUUUUCUCUCCUAACCUUAUGGACACUAGCUUAGGUUGAUUGGCUACUUUACCGAUGCGUUGUCCUAUUAUAUUUUUCUCUAUUUCUAAUAUCUCCGAAUAUCUCCCAUUUUUUUCCAAUAUUUCAUUAUCCAAUCAUCAUGGAGCCAUUAAACAUAUUUCACUCUAAACGUUGUGUGCCAAUGGUCUGCCAUUUUUACUGUCAAAAUAUCAUGUGCCUAAUUGUUUAGUUAUUUGUCUCAAUUUAAAUUGUAUUAUUAAUAGAAAAAACAUUAAUUAGUAAUGAAGAAAGGCAAAAAUGAGUUAUUUUUUCUCAAAAAUUUGUUUCUAGCUAAGUAUUGAAACAAGAAAAUCGUAGAAACAACUUAAUUUUUAUAUAGAACUAGUAAAUUGUUCUGUAAAAUUUAGUAGCAACAAUAAAGUAGAAAAGACUUUCAAUUUUGCCUUCUUCAUUGAUCGUGCUCAAAUUAUUAGUCUCACAUUUCAAAAAAUAAUUAGUAGCGUUGAAAACUGGUUGGUAUACAAACGUGAUUUUAAUUUAUUAAAAAAGUGCUAUAUUAGACUUGCCCUUAAAUCUACAUCUUUGUUAAUGUGUGGGUUUAAGUACUUAAUAUUUGUUUUAGUAAUAAACAUUUUUGUAUUAGAUCUCAAAACCAUCCAAGCUAGACUAUCAGUUUGAUUUUAAACAGGGUCCUUCAAAAUGAUUCCCAAUUCAACGAAUUUUCAUAUAUUGCAUUUUAAAUUGAAAUAAUUUGACACUUAUUCAGUCAACUUGGUUAGGAAAUCUAAGUAUGACACUAAAUUUGAAACUAUUUCAUUAAAAAACAAUUUACUACUACAGUUUUGUAGACACUAAGUGUGGAGAGAAAGUCGCAAUGUUUAGUAACUCCUUUAUUUUUUUAUUUAAGCGACACAAACCUUUUCCAUUACGAGCUUUGUGGAUAUUUUGUUGUAGUUAGUUUUUUUUUUUAACGAUUAUAUAUAGCUGUAAUUUGUUAAAUUGAUACGCAAAACAUUUUUUAAUUCGACGUGGUUUGAUUAGUAGGAAAUGAAAACUGGUACCACUAUUCUUGAUACAACCGUUUGCCAGACUACUCUUAACAUUUUUUUUAAAAGUGAAAAUGUUUGUUUUUCAUUGAUUGUUUAAGAGUACGAGUUUUUUUACCGUAAUUAAUGAUUCUUUACUAAUUAUUUAAGCAUUUCCUAUUAAGAUUUGUUUUAAAAUUGGACAAGAGUUUUAUGGGCAUAUUCAAUUAAUUUUUUUGCUUAUUUUUCAUUCAAGAAUUUUUUAAAUUAUUUACAUCUACUUAGUCUAUAAAAAAUAACCAUUAUGAGAUGUAUUGUAAUUUUUAUAUUUCUAUAAACAAACGGCAUUUUUUAUACACAUCAUCAGUAAACGAGAUUCUUUUUUCUUUUUAACACAUUCACUUCAUUUUUCUGAAUCCAGAAAAAAUAAUUUGAUCAGAAGAUGUACUUUUGACAAAUUACCAAUUGAAUGUCAAUUAUGCGAAAAAAACUCAUUCAACAAUUUGCAUCGACGACAAUCUUAAUUUUGGUCAAGUAUUAACGUACCAAACCAAAAUUUUGAUGUUUAUUUUUAUUUUAAUCUUUGUGUAGAAAAUAUAUCGUAAAAACAAAUAUAUUAAUAGUGGUCUGGCAAAUGGUGUCAAGGAUAGGGGUGUCAUUAAAUUUGUAUUUCCUAUUGAUCUAUUGUUCAACUCAUAUCCAAGCAUUGAUUGCAGCUUGGACUAAUAUAUAAGUUGGUAUAAUUUUGAAGGGUUUUGUAUAACGAAUAGGACAAGUGACACGCUUUGCCUGUAUUUCAUAAUUUUUUAUUAUCCUGUAAGCGUGAUUUAAAAAAAAUGGGCGUGUAAAUAUGUACAGGUGGGAGUAUUGUAAUGUACAGUUUUUUAUAUAGUGAAAAACUCUAUGCAAUGUUGUAUAUAAACUAAUUAAACUAUAUAACAAUGUUAGAAUGUAUUAAGGAUAUUUUUUCAUAUCACAGCUGAAUUUAAAUAGUCGUUUUCACGUUUACAAAUGCAUAUAUAUGUUUUUUCCUCAUAUUCUAAACGAAUUUUGAAUCUAGAAUUGAUAAAGACGGCCAUAGCAACAAGAAUUCUUUAAUUUCAGUAUUAGUUAAAUUAUUAUUUUAAACCCAAAUUUCGAUAUUUAUUGGUUGAACCACGAGGCACUAAAAUAUUUUUUGGAAUUUACCAACGAUUUUUUUUACAAUAAAAACCCCUUAAAUUAUAUUUUCAACCAAAGACGAACAUACUUGUGUCCUAUAUCAUGAAAUAUUUUAAUUUUGUAAGUACCUGAAUAUUUAUAUUGAAAUUCUUUUUAUAUACAUUUUUUAAAUAAUUUUGAUGGUAGUUAUUGUUUGCUUAAUACUCGAGAUCAAAUUACAGACAAUAAAAAAUAACUACAAAUUAUAUUUUAUGUAUUUACUACAAAUAUGUUUUUGUGUAAAUUAAUUAACAAACAAAGAGUACUAUCAAGAUUGCUGAAAAUUAAAUAUGGAAGCGUAGUACAAAAAUAUCACAUUUUGGCAUAAAGGUGUUUUAAUUAUUAUUAAAUUUUGCCAUAUUUUUAAUUUGAAAGUUCACGAACAUAAGAUAAGGUUAUUCUUUUAAAAAUAACACUUGGACCGUUCAGUGGUUUAGUUACACGACUUCAGAUCGUAGACCAGAUCAUGUGAAUUUUUAAAUAAUUUGCAUGGUUCGUUGUAGAUUUGAUGGAUGCCGUAUUGUUGAUAUGACAUCCAGAUUACAAAUCACGGUUCCUUACCAUUUCGAUCAUGGUGGGUUGGGUUUUCCUCACCUGUAAAUCAAAUGGCACCAUCAAUCAUCUGUCUUUUCGGAGUGCUACGGCAAAUAAUAAAUCCCCAGUCCCACUCGACUUCAAGGGUUAAAAUUCACUCGUAAGGGAGUGAUAAGGAGAGUAUUAUUAUUAAAUAAUAUUAAAAUGCUGACGAUUUAUAACGAGGUACUGCUGUUGUAUUUUGUGGUCCAUUCUGUGCAAGAAACACAUUUAUUUAUAGUUGUUUUAUACAGUAGGCCAAUUCAAACGGGAAAUUCGACAAUUCUGUAUGUGUCUCUGGAAACCGUUUACGCCGGCUCGUACAUAGAAAACUUAACACUGACAAACGAAUGAAGGAUCUUAGAAUUUAUUCUAGUACAAGCUGGACUAGACGUUCUUCUAUACGAUGUUGCAGGGCGGCUUUAAGGAGAAUUGAAAGAGCUGAGGGGUGGGAAGAAUGUUUGUGCCGGCGAGAGUCUGAAUCUGACUCUUUUCUUUAUUUCUCAACUUUUUCAAUUUUUCUUUGGUUUCUAUUUUUACUAUAUCGAGAGAGAUGAAAGUUUGAUGAAAACAAAUGCAGAAAUAUUUUUAUUUCCAAGAAGCAUUAGUUAAAUUUGUGAGUUUGGGUCCAGAGCGUUUAGCAAUAUCUUAUGACGAGUGAACUUUGAUUUGCUACAGCGACAUAAUUUUUUUUUAUAAUUUUGUUUUUGAGUGUAGAUAUAAGAUCUAACCAGUUUUAUUUAUUUUUUUAAUUUUAAGGUACUAUGAUUAUAAUGUAAGUGACAUCGUUUUUGCGUGGCAAUUUAUAAAGUUUCUACUUUUUUUUGUCGUCAAAAAUCAAAUAUGAAUGAACUGUCAUUGUCGUCUCCAGUUUAUAUGAAAUAACUUGCAUUAAGGGUGUCUAGUAUUUUUAUGAUGUGAUAAAUUUUAAUAUGUUAGAGGUUUUAUUUCCUGUUUUAUUUUUAGAAACACAUGAAUAUUUAUAUAAUAAUCAUAAAUUUAAAGAAUAUUGAAUAGUCUCGUAGAUAAUGUCAUUAGACAGAAACAUUUUAAUAAGUUUUAAUUAUGCAUCACAUUUUUCACAUUCCACACAAGUUCUAAGUUUUUGCAAAAUGUGCUGUAAAUUCUAACAUCUUGGUUUUUGCUUGUUUUUCCUUACCUACGUUUUUGUACAAGAAUAACAUGAGUUCUUACUGAAAAUAUUUUAGCUAUAUAAAGUUUCAUCGAUGGACAGAUCAAUUUUUUGUAUUCUGUGCAAGUAAGGUUUUAAAUGUCAACCUUUAAUAAAACACAUUUUAACACUGA